GACCAUGUCCCCUCCAGGCAGCAGCCAAGGCCAGAGGCUGGGGGUACUGUCCAGACCAGUGUGGAACACAACUGCAUCCUCAUGAUCCGGCUGCCCUCUGGGGAGUCCAUGAGGGAGCGCUUCCCGGCCGACGCCCCUCUGCGCAGUGUGGUGGAGCACAUCUCUGGGUGCCACCCCUCCCUGGCUUCCUUCUCUCUCCUCCAGGGGUUUCCGCGGAAACGCUUUGGGGAGGUGGAGUUGGCCUGCUCCCUGCGCUCCCUGGGCCUCAUGCCCAAUGCUGCCCUCUGCAUCCAGACCACGCCCCCAGAGACACCCCAGGACCCACCCAGCCCAGCUGCACGCCUCUUAUUGGGCCAGGAGGAGGUGGUGGUUCCACCUCCUGCGCCUCCCCAGCCACAGAUACCAGUGCUGGAGGAGGGAGGGAUGGAGGAUCCCACUCGGCCCCCACCUCUGCCUCACCUGUUGUGGGAAGAAGCAGUGGGCUACGCAGGCAUCCCCGGUGUUGGUCCCCCAGUGACCGGACCUUCUCACUCCUGGGGACGUGGCCAGAAGCUGAAUCCUAGUGAUGCAGAGGAAGCUGCCAGCUCAGAAGAUGAAGAGCUGCCAGAGGGGGGUAGAGAGCCACCCUUCCCCUUCAAUGCAGGUAUGCCCCGGUUACCAUUCUUCCCAGAGAACCGGAUGGAGCCCAGACACCACUGGCCAGACCAAGGGAACAGACUCCGGGAGGGUGUGGUAGGUGACCCAGCAGUGGAGCCAGAGGAGGCUGCAGGUCACAUGGUGCCGGGAGCAGCGGGCCAGGCUGCAGUAGAGCGCCUCCAGAGAGCCGCCCAGGACGACCCUCAGGCCUCCCAAGGCCACCCGUCUCCGCCCAAGAGACCCUUCAGAACGCCCAGUGUCCCCUCCCUUUGUGUCAUGGCCACCCGGGCCACCGUCAACCUCAUGACAGCUCCCAGCAUGCAGUACAGCAGCAGUCUGUCAUGUCUGACCCCUGAGCUGGCAGAGCUCCUGCUCAGUCACAUGUCCCGUGAGAGGCUCCUUCGCCCACGCACCCUGGAGCUCUUCUUUGGCUGCCCAAUGCAGAAAUUUGUCCUCAACUGCUACCCGUACUCUACCAAUGAGCUACUCCGGCAGCUACGGGCCUUCACUGCACUGAAGCACCUGAGCCUGGUCAACUCUCCUCUCAUCACAGACACGGGCCUCUCUGUGUUGUGCAGCUUACUGAAACUGCAGCACCUGAACCUGACCUCAUGUAGCAAGCUAACUGACUCAUGUCUGCAACACUUCACAGGACUGAAGAGCCUGUCUUUCCUGUCACUGGACCAGACCAAAGUAAGUGACGUAGGGAUGGUGCUCUACCUGCAGUCUGCUCCUUCGUCACUCACCCAGCUCAGUCUCAACCAGACCUCGGUCACAGAGGCCACCUUGGCAGCGUUGCCCGCCUGUGUGCCACAGCUACGACUGCUCAGCGUCAAACACACCAAGGUGAGAGACGUGUCGGCCCUAGCGGCCCUCCCCAGCCUGCAGACCCUGUACCUGGACGGCACGGGGGUGAGGGAGGGCUCUCUGGAGUGCCUGGCCGUCCACUCCACCCUCUCUGCCCUUAGCCUGGCAGGCAUCUCUGUCGCAGACGGCAACCACGCCCUCCAGAUCAUUUCAGGUCUCCGGCUGACCCAGCUGACCCUGCCUGGACGCCACUCGGUGACGGACACUGGCCUGACCUUCCUCUCCAGACUGUCCCUGCUGUCCGAGUUGGACCUGACCGACUACACACACGUCACUGACCAUGGGGUCACCCAGCUGGCCAUCAUGACCAGACUGAAGAGGCUGUCUCUCAGUAACACCCAGGUGACAGACAUGGGGCUGCCCUCCCUGUGCAGUCUGCAGGAGCUGCUGGAGCUGUGUCUGGACCGCACAGCCGUCACCAGCCGAGGAGUGGCUGCCCUCGUCACCUGUCUGCCACACCUGCAGGUAUUAAGCUUGGCCAGUACUCAGGUGGGUGACACGGUGGUGAGGAGAGGUCUGGUCCACUGUGCUCAGCUGUUCAAGCUCAACCUCCGCCGCACACGCAUCACUGACCACGGACUGAAGUUCCUGAAGCGCAUGCGUCUGAGACAGGUAAAUCUGGAAGGCUCAGGUGUGACCCCCUCGGGCAUCUCCAACCUCAUCGCCUCCUGUCCCCAAAUCACCAGCAUUCGGGCCAGCCACACGCGGGCCAUCCCACCUGACCAGGUCUCAGACGACGACAAUCAGUAGAGAGACUAAGUAUUGAGGUGACCCUCCAGCCCUUUCUGCUGAGGCUCGGGACCGCUAGCUAGUAGCUACGACUGUGCUCGGUGGUCUUAGUCCCAAGUGUCACGCUGCACCUAGCUGACUGGCUCAGCAUAGUCUGGGUGACGAUUAUCCCAGCUCUGUCUAGAUGCACUGCUUCAACUGCAGCUAGUGGCACUAAUCGCUCAAUCACAAGCCCACUGUUAUUGCUUUUGAAACCUUAGAAGGGUGCCUUCUUAUACUUCUAAAAUGAGAGCCUCUAACGCAGCGUUUCCCAAAUUCAAUCCUGUUUCUUUUCUCUAGCACUACACAGGUAACUAAGAAUGGGACUAAAUCAGGGAUAACACCUAAAAUCCAAGAUUUUUCUGCCUGAAUUCUCGAAUGAAUCAGUUAACACUACGAAGGUACAUCCGUGUGAUUUGCUACUAAAGAGGGCUAUGAUGAUGAUCCAGUUCCAACAGUUACCUCCCGUUCUGUAAUGUCGUUAAAUCACAUUUUUUGGGGGUUUAAGCCAAGGCAGCAUUUGGCUAACCAGCAACUGGAAGGCUUAGCAUUAUGCUAGUGGUUGUAGAAAUAGGUUGGCUUCUCACAUUUAGCAGUGGGCUAUGAUGUGUGUUGCAUAUUGAGUGUUUGGGUUCAACAGCAAGAAUCCAAAGCGGCGAUCAGUUCAUAAAUAGUUUUGCUUCUCAUUUUGUUUACACAAUGUAAAAUACUGUUUAUUUUCUUAAUGUAAAUGGUUUUGGAUAAUAGCACUGUAUUCCCUACAUUCUCAAAGGAAAAUACUAAAUUAAUGAAAAAUG